GCGCAAGCCUUCGAUGAAUUGUGCGACCAUCUGAAACAGUACCUACCUUGGCAAAUUUCGGAGCGCCAAACAUCCAGCAGCGGGUGACCGCCAUGCCGGGGACAGGGGAGCUGACGCUUCCCGCGUGGUUCAGCCAGCCGCAGAGCCAGCCAGCCAGCCAGAAGGAGGGCAUCGCCAAGGACGCCGUGGAAGGAGGGAGGCGAGCGAAGAAAGGCCGCAAGGGGCACAAAGAGAUCAUGGAGGCGUGUGCCAAGUUCUUGCUGAUCACUUGCAGGGAGGUGGCUCAGCUGAGCGCGUGCGUAUCCCACAAGUGGUUCACUCCCGCAGAGAAGGGCUGCGUCCAGGCCAUGGUGCGCGCGGGGCAGGUGUACAACGAGCGCAGCAAGGAGAUGAAGCAGGAGGUGCAGGCAGGAUGCAAGCCAGACUUCCGCGGCCGCGGAUCGCCAGAUCUACACGUGUUCGUGGCCCUCAUCAUUUACUGCGCAGCGCUGGGCCAUCACGAGAGCGAGCACGUGACGGAGGCGGUGGCGGAGCUGCUCGACCGUCUCAACAAACAUAUCAGCAAGUCGUCCCUGCAGCACUUCGGCCGCAUUGUGCAGCAGUGCCGCGUGAUGCUCUAGAAGAAGAAGAAGAAGGACUGCGAGGCGGCGAUGGCGACGAUUUCCCUGAGGAUCGAUCGGCACAUUCCAGCGGGGGCGAGGUCGGGGGAUGAAAGGAAAAGGCAGGUCUGGCGCCUGAUGAGCUGGGACCCUAUCUGGGGCUGCGUGCCUCGCGCCCCCCCCCCCCAGCCAGGGCC